CAUCAAUCCACCAUUGACCAAUUCCUCCCACACACUGAAGCCACCACCACCACAGCCUUUCUAGCAAGCACACGCUCGCCACAAUGCGCACGCCCUUCGUGGACAAGAGCCCCCAGUACCGCCGGGACAGCGCCGCCGGACGGCUCAAGCAGCGCCUGGCAAGGAUCCUCACGCGCUCCACCUGCACCACCAAUAACGCCGCUGCCGCCAGCUCGGGCGGCACGGCCACGGCCACGGCCUUCGUCAGCCUCGCCAAGACCAACAACGCCCACACCGCCGCCUCCUCAUCUCACCCGGAGCCGGAAGCGCCGCCCUCCCCGUACUUCUGCACGCCCUGCACCUACGACUACGAGCGCCCCAAGGCCGACCGCGGGACACGCCCGCGCCGCAGCCGCACCCGCAGCGCGUCGCUCGUACACAUCUCCGUGGACUGCACGGGCGGGGCCGCCUCCGGCCGCCGCUCCGCCCACUCCGACGCGCCGCUUCUGCAGCACCUCUUGUCGGAACAGGUGCCGGCGAGGGACGUCGUCGGCGGCACGAAGCAGAGCAAGGGCGGCGGCGGCAGGAGCAAGCUGACGACGGCGCGGUCGUCUCCGUCGGCGUCGAGGCGGCACUGCUCGUCCUCCUCCUCCUCCUGGGGCCGCGCCCGCGCGCGCCGGCCCAGCAGCACGCCCACGCCCUACAGCUGGUCGUCGUCGUCGCGGUCGUCCGCCACCGCGACGGACGACGAGCUCGCGCCGUUCAGCGGCAGCGACGACGAGGCCGGCGGCCAGGCGGCCGACAUGCGGACGCUCUUCUCGUCCCUCAGCUUCUCGUCCGACCCCACAUCAUCCGAGUUCUACCGCACCAACGGCGGCCGCAGCGGCAACGGCAACGCCAGCAGGAGGAGCCACAGGAACACGGCGAGUCGUCGUCGCGGCCGCCGCGCGCGCGCGCCACGGCGUGCGCUGUCGAGAUCCAGCGGCGGCGACCCGGCAGCACCGCCCGACGCCUUCCGGCCGCUGGUGUCCGUGGAGACGACGAGGCGCACUACGGAGCGCAGCGAGAGGAGCAAGGAAGACAAGGGUCUCAAUAACGCCAAGAAGCUGACGAUGACGAUGCUGGGCGCGGCCGCUGCCGCGGAGGAGGAGGAGGAGGAGGCCAUCGCCGCCGGCGCGGGCAUGGCUGUGGUGAAGCGCUCCAGCAACCCUUACCUGGACUUCCGCAGCUCCAUGGUGGAGAUGGUGGUGGAGCGGCGCAUCGCCAGCGUGGGGAAGAUGGAGGAGCUCCUGGGCUCGUACCUCUCGCUCAACUCGCCGCGCCACCACCCGGCCAUCCUCGCUGCCUUCGAGGACGUCUGGGAGGCCGUCUUCGGCGAGGAGUGAGUGACUGGGAGCGUCAAGCGUGAUCUCUUUCAGAGUACUGUUUCAAAACUUCUACGUACAUGCCAAUGUAUAAAUUGGCAACAUUUUGCCACGCCGAGAUGCUGUGGUGCUCAUCGUAUGUAACGAGCUUCAUAUACAUGGUGAUAAUUGAGCGCCUGAGUGGCUGAGUUCUACGAAAA